AUGAAACUUGACGUCCCCAUAUGCGCACUUGCUUCUCCCUAUCGAGGCAAAAAUGAUCUUCAGCUCUCUGGGUCGGUGCCGGUAGCAACGCAAGGGUCUGGACUUCGGGAAACAUGGAUAUAUAAACUCGAGCCUGCUCGGUGCUCGACUUUACGCUCUGAGGUCUCGGUUUGUUCUUGGUCGACAGGUUUCGCAAUGUAUCACACUCUGUAUUUUGUUACGCUCCUUGCUUGUCUUUCGGGCAUCGUAUCCGGUAUAUCGGCUCCUCGAGCCGAAGCCAAGUCCACAACGUGUAAACUUCAAGUACUUCAAAGCUCUACUCCUCGCGGAUACAUUUCAUCGAAACGGAAUGAGUCCGGAGAGUAUGGUAUACUUACCAACUCGUCUACGGAAGCCAUCGAGGUCACAUUCACUCCUAAAAAUACAUCAACACAGAUGGAUCUGAGUGUUACCGGAGCCAACGUGAACACACCAGCACUGGGCGCAAUUGUUGGGUUUUUCAACGAGGGCGAUGAUCUGAAAGCUGGGAGCUACCACUACGCAUACAUUGGUUUGACAUCUCGGACGCCUUCCGGCGCCGUCCCCCAAACGGCCGUCAACUCUUUCGACCAGGUCCAGAAUUACAAUCGGAAAAUUGAGAGUGCGAUUUGGUCAUUCAAUUCGUCAACGAAAUCAGUUACUCCCCAAUGGGUGAAUACCGAUCGCUCAACACCCCAAAAUAUCCUUUUGUACGUGGACAAGCAAAAUGUGUUGAUAAUCACUGGAGACAAAGGAAAGUUUGGGGAAACAUUUAAAGAGGAGUUCGAGGCACAGGGUGCCACUCCUGUCGAGGUGUUCGAACCCCCACUGCAUUCACAUUCCUUAACCCAUAGUCAUUCUUUCACCGAAAUCUUGUUAAAUAUGCGCUUUUCUUUAUUCUGUGCUGCAGUGGUCGCCUUUUGUCCAAUUGCGGUAUCAAGUCAAUCAACCAACCUUUGGGACCUAAUAGGAUUUGGUACUAGACCUUCCCAAACUACAUGCAGAAUCCGAGUCUACCAAGGAACCAAGCCUCUUGGGUACCUCUCUUCUCAGAGGAAUUCAUAUGGAGAGUAUGGUACACUCCAAGAUACGACUGUCGGAGCUCUGUCUGUUACAUUCAGCGUCUCACGGAACAACCCGAAUCAAUUAAAUUUGAAAGUCGGGGGAGCGAGUGCAGACAUGCCGAUGCUCGGAGGCAUUGUUGGAUUCACCACCACAAACGAUAACCUAGUAUCUGGAAGUCACCACUAUGCGUACAUCGGCUUGACCUCUCAGACGGCAUCUGGCUCGACCCCUGUCCAAGGUGUGAAUUCUUUUGACAAGGUUCAAAACUUUGAACGAAAGGUUCAGAGUGCGAUUUGGACAUAUGACUCUGGGAAGAAACAGCUGGCUCCUCAAUGGGUCAACGCUGAUAGAACAAUGGCAGGAAACUAUCUUUUGCAUGUGGCCGACGAAAAGGCGCUAGUUCUCACCGCUGAUAAAACCGAGUUCCAGAAAGUAAUGAACGUCACAUUCUCCGAAGUGGCCUUGGGUUGUGUUGCAUGA